AUGCCUUUGGCUCCUCACAUGAACAACGUCGAGCCUCCAAAUGUUGGCUUCGAGCCCAUUACAGCUACCACAAGUAAUCCUCGUCCUCUCAAGAAGAAGGGGCAACAAGCAUCAUCUUCGGUCGCUCCAACUUUGCUCAAGCCUCCUAACCAGGAUAAUCAGCAAAAGAAGGUUUUGCGUCGCUCAAGCAAGCCCAUAAUAAAUUGGUUUCAGCGCAAGUUGUCCGGAACCGUUAAAGCUAAGCGUGUAGAAAAUGUUCCCCUUACUAUUGCAGACCUUGGCAUGGGACGCGCUGGACAAAAUCCUGUUCGUGUGGCUGGUCGUGUCGCCUCAUCGCCAUUGCCAUCACCCUCGUAUAAUGGUGGAAGGCAUCAAUCCAGAUUGGAUUCUGCUGCUCUUUCAAAGCGUAGGACCAUAUCUUUAUAUGAAGAUGACGAGUUCCGUGGUUCCAUGCAGUCAUAUGGCGAUGAUAACAUUUCAGUGGAUCGAUCUUCCUUUGCCCGCGAUUCCUUGUGGUCACCGAGCGCUUUGGAAGCAGAUGACGACGCUUCUGUGCGACCAUUACCCCCCAGCACACCUCCCUCGCCCUCCCCCUCUCGAUCAUCUUCAUCAUACCUUUCGGACCCCCGAACCUUCCGUAGCAUAGCAGCUAGCACGAAGCCCACUACUCUCAUGAGCAUCGAUUUAAAUGGAAACGGUAUGGCGCACAUCGCACAGGCGCCUCCUACGACUUCAACACACCUUCAUCGCAUCGCCCCACAUGUGAGGCAGUCAUCUUCUUUGAGCAACCCAGGACAUCUGGGAAACGGGACGUCUAUAACUUUUUCGACCCUUCCUGCCCAACCAUCAUCUCGCACGUCGUCGUUGCGCAAUCCGGGCAGCCUGAAUUCAUUAAAUCUCAAUUUGCAACAUAACAGUCUCUUCAGCGGCGGCACAUUGUCUCCCGUUCAGGCGCCCUUGCACACCACCCAUCAUCCUCGUAACAAUCCACGCCCUUCCUCACCUCCUCUUGAUAAUGCUUCUAUGCUAACGUUGGCCUCGUCGGCGUACGCCAUGCCAGGCCGAUUUGGCCCACAAGGUUAUAGUUCGACCGCCUCGGCGAUUGGGGAUUCGCUUUCUCAGGAUGGAGUGAGUCUGUCGUAUCCAGACGCCGAAAGCACAAGUCAGUUCGUUCUUGAGGAUGAUGAUCGAUUGGAGGAAAGGGAUGUAGAUGCCAGUGUGAGAGCACUCAGGCCGAGGAGCUCAAGGAGGGGGAGUUGGGAGAGUGAAGCCAGUCGGUGGAGCGCACGCGUCCAGUUGGGAACAGCAACCUCUUCCUUGGCGAGGGACCGAAGUUUGUGGACCACCAAUAGCAUCAGGACCGGCGGAUUGAGUGCCGGAGAUGGGGAAGCUCAUCAGCGCUCCGAAGAUGUGGUCCACGAUUCCGACUCCACACACGCAGAUAACGCCAGUGGAAUGGAAACUUCUGUAUACACGUCAGAGCCCGCUGAGGAUGCGGAUAUGAAUAAAGCGUUACUCGACACAGUUGAAGGUUCUGGUGAGCCUGAAGACGAGCAGCCUGAGAAAGACCCGCCUAAAUUGCCAAUAGCAACACACCGCCUGUCUUCGGAUACCAUCGCUCAUCCCGCCGCCAUAAUCUCAAGCCUGCCCAGUACACCGGACGCGACAGCGGGCCCCUGAAUGUUUCAAGUGGCUCACCUCCUUCUCACUCUGUUCGUCCAUCCUUUCGUCCCACUUUUUCUUUUUUGU